AUGGACACCCAACUUCUUGGCGGAGGCAUCCCUCUUGGUUACGUCUUGAGUGUCGUCCAAGAUGAUCCAACUGUAUAUUGGAAGCUGUUUGCGAAGUUUUUCUGCGCAGAAGGACUUGAAAGUGAACACAAGAUCCUCCUCAUCGGAAGAGGAGCGAAUGCUCUUUCAAAGGAGAUUCCAGAAUCGACGGACUCACAGGAAAAGGCAAAUGUCCCGGGAAAAAGACAAAACGAAGAACAAUUGAAGAUCGCAUGGGCAUAUCAAAAGCAACCGAUGGGACGUGUUGGAAUGCAACAAAUACCUGGGACGAAUCGAUUUGGACACUUGUAUGACGUCUCUACUUCCAGAAAUUUCGAGAGCAUAUCGAAUUGUGUAACUAUCAUCGACCCUGAGGACAGUUCGUCCAAAGAACACUUUCACGAGAGAAUCAUUCAAGGGCUAGAGAGAAUCAAGGAUGACAGUAGUUCCGUCUGGAGAGUUUGCUUUCUUGACUUUGGAGGAAUGUGCUAUCCCCAAGGAAGCAAUUUAUCAAAAUUACUGCUCAAAAUCCGACUCUUAUCUGCGUCCAAAUCGCCUGCAAACCACACAUUUCUACUCACUACCCAGAGAUGUGUGGCAGAGACAGUCUGUAGGUUUUCUGACGCUCAGUACGAGCUUGAGAACUUUUUGGUCAAAGAAAGCCAGUUCAAAUCGCAGUUUGACGGAACGAUAGAAGUGAAAAAGAUGGUACAAGUUGGACUGAAACCCUUUCAGCAGUCGGUCGCGACUUUCGGCUUCAAAUUGAAAAGAAAGAAGUUCACGAUAGAGCCCCUUCAUUUACCCCCUGACUUUGACGAAGGAAAAACGCGCGACGGAGAAGAUAAUUCUUAUCAAUCAGCCUGUAGUUCGAUGCCAAGUGAAUCUAGUAAUUCGGGCUGUUGCGGUGGAGGCUCUUGUGAUUUUUAG